AUGGCGGACGAGCCAUCCCAGGGCGCGCCUGGCAGCGCCGAAUCAAGAGCUGGCACAGGACUCAAUGCUUUCCUGGCAGCCUUGGCGGCCUCCGUGAUCAUUUUCGCCGUCCAAAUCAGCAUCUUUCUCCUAUUACGGAAUAGACUCGCCCGCAUCUUCAAACCGAAAACAUAUCUCGCCCCCGAGCGCGAACGAACAGACCCACCGCCACGGAAUCCUGUACAACUCAUCAAAACGUUAUGGACCUUCAGCGACCGCGACAUUAUCAGACGGUGCGGCUUAGACGCCUACUUCUUCCUACGAUUUCUCAAGACGUUGCUCAUCAUCUUCGUCCCCAUGAUGUGUAUUCUGAUACCCAUUCUCGUUCCCAUCAACUACAUCGGUGGCGAGGGCCAAGACGUCAUUGGCGGCCGUCCGAAGGGGCAGAACAGCACGAGCAGCAACAACAGACAAACCGGCCCCCCGCGAGGUCUUGACACUCUCACCAUGUCCAACAUUUCACGCGAGAAUUCAAGUCGGUACUGGGCCCAUCUGAUCAUGGCAAUUUUGGUCAUUUCCUGGGUAUGCGUCGUCUUCUACUUCGAACUCCGCGUCUACAUCAAGAUUCGCCAAGAUCACUUGACAAGUGCUGAACAUCGCCUCCGUGCUUCCGCCACAACUGUCCUCGUCAACAACGUGCCCCCAAAAUGGCUCACUGAAGAAGGUAUCAGGGGUCUGUUUGACGUCUUUCCGGGCGGUAUCCGCAAUGUCUGGCUCAACAGAGACUUGGGCCAGCUCCUGGAGAAGAUCGAGCUUCGUACUCAGAUUCACCGACAGCUCGAGUCGGCAGAAACGGACCUCAUCAAGAUGGCCAAGAAGAAUCAACUCAAGCAGAGGAAAAAGGACGAGAAAAAAGCCCGCAAGGCAUCUCAUGGCAAGGCGCCCACCAAGGCCGACAUGGAGCUCAGACGCAAACAAGAAGACGCCGCAGCGCAUCAAAUGGCUGAAGCGGGACAGGGCGCCAGAGCGUGA